CCUCAGCGCUAGAUUCAAACAGCAGAGCAAGGAAGCAGCUGAACUGAAAGCAGAAAAGGAAAAGUAGAGGAGAAAAGAAACUGAACUGAGGCAAAAGCUGGAAAAAAACUCUUAACUUUUCAACUUUUUACUGCACUGCACUCUUCGUUAGAGAGCUUUCUGAAGGACAUUUUUUACAUUUUAAUACUCGAACAGAAUUGUACUAAGGGCAAAAAUGAUGAGCAGCAGAGUCAUCGUCGUUGCUGCAAUGGUGCUCCUGGCCUCUCUGGCCAUCAGUGAAGGGAUGAGCCUGAGAAGCCUGGGAGUGGAGCUGCACUGCCGCUGCAUCAAGACAGAGAGCAAACGCAUCGGCCGCUUCAUUGAGAAGGUGGAAAUCAUCUCUGGCAACUCUCACUGCGAGGAAACUGAGAUCAUUGCCACUCUGAAGAAUACCGGAGAGGAGGUGUGCCUUGACCCCGAGGCUCGCUGGGUGAAGAAAGUGGUCGACAGGAUGAUGUCAAACAGAAGACGCUGAGCAGAUGGCGAGUGAUGGGUCAUGGGUCGGAGCUGUUUGAAGACAACUGAACACGACCCCAAUGUGUUAGUUUGAUAGGAUGAUAAAAGUAAAUUAUACCAGGGGACUGCUCAAUGUCCUGAUCGCCUGUUGAAAUGGACAGAUUUUAUCCAACAAGGUUAUGUUUGUAACAAACAUGCUAUUUAUUAACAAGCCUGUGCUUGUUUGAAGGGAAUAAUUUAUUAUUAUUAUUGUCUGUAAAAGUGUAUUAUCAUUUUCUGUCUUUCAUUUAUAUAUUUUGCUUAUUUAUUGACAUAUUUAUAAAAGAAAUAUCAAUAUGCUUGACUGUUAUUGUAUUCAUUAAAUAAAAAGGUUACUUGAAAUUGAA